UGGAGGAGGGGGGCUGUUGCGGGAAGGGUGCGCAGUGACGUUUCCAGCUGGAGACUCCUCCGCUGCGGUGAGAGUCGAGCAGAGAGGAGGGAGGAGGCGCAUCGCUCCGUGCGGCAGGCAGUCGGCAGCAUCAUGGCACCUAUCGGAUUAAAGGCGGUGGUCGGAGAAAAGAUUAUGAACGAUGUCAUCAAGAAGGUGAAGAAGAAGGGAGAAUGGAAGGCUCUGAUUGUGGACCAGCUCAGCAUGAGGAUGUUGUCUUCCUGCUGCAAAAUGACGGACAUCAUGACAGAGGGCAUCACCAUUGUGGAGGACAUCAACAAGCGCAGAGAGCCUCUGCCCAGCCUGGAGGCCAUUUACCUGAUUACACCAACAGAGAAGUCAGUCCACACGCUCAUCGCGGAUUUCAAAGACCCUCAUUCAGCCAAAUACAAGGCAGCCCAUGUUUUCUUCACUGACUCCUGUCCUGAUCCGCUCUUCAAUGAACUGGUGAAAAGCCGAACCUCCAAAGUCACCAAGACUCUGACAGAGAUCAACAUCGCCUUCUUGCCCUACGAGUCUCAGGUUUACUCCCUGGACAACCCGGACGCCUUCCACAGCUUCUACAGCCCCCAUAAGGCCCAGCUGAAGAACCCGGUGAUGGAGCGGCUGGCCGAGCAGCUGGCCACGCUCUGCGCCACGCUGAAGGAGUACCCGGCCGUCCGAUACCGAGGGGAGUACAAGGACAACGCCACCUUAGCCCAGCUGGUUCAGGACAAACUGGAUGCCUACAAGGCCGACGACCCCACCAUGGGAGAGGGUCCUGAUAAGGCCCGAUCUCAGCUGAUCAUCCUGGACCGAGGCUUCGACCCGGUGUCGCCCGUCCUACACGAGCUCACCUUCCAGGCCAUGGGCUACGACCUGCUGCCCAUCGAGAACGACGUCUACAAAUAUGAGACCAGCGGGAUGGGAGACUCCCGGGUGAAGGAGGUUCUGCUGCACGAAGACGAUGACCUGUGGGUGAGCCUGAGACACAAACACAUAGCCGAGGUGUCCCAGGAAGUAACACGUCAGCUGAAGGAGUUUUCCUCCAGCAAGAGGAUGAACACCGGAGAGAAGACCACCAUGAGGGAUUUGUCCCAGAUGCUGAAGAAGAUGCCUCAGUACCAGAAGGAGCUCAGCAAGUACUCCACUCACCUGCAGCUGGCUGAGGACUGCAUGAAGCACUACCAGGGAACAGUGGACAAGCUGUGCCGCGUGGAACAGGACUUGGCUAUGGGCACCGACGCCGAGGGGGAGAAGAUCAAGGACCCGAUGAGGGCCAUCGUCCCCAUCCUGCUGGACGCCAACGUCAGCACAUACGACAAGAUCCGCAUCAUCCUGCUCUACAUCUUCCUGAAGAACGGUAUUACAGAGGAGAACCUGAACAAGCUGAUCCAACACGCUCAGAUCCCCCCUGAGGACAGUGAGAUCAUCACCAACAUGGCUCACCUCGGCGUCCCCAUCGUCACAGACUCCACCCUUCGCAGAGGAAAGAAGAUGGACAGGAAGGAGCGAGUGAGCGAACAAACCUACCAGCUUUCUCGCUGGACUCCGCUGAUCAAGGACAUCAUGGAGGAUGCGAUCGAUGACAAACUGGACACCAAACACUACCCGUACAUCUCCACCCGCUCCUCUGCUUCCUUCAGCACCACUGCAGUCAGUGCUCGAUAUGGACACUGGCACAAGAACAAGACCCCGGGAGAGUACCGCACCGGCCCCCGACUGAUGGUGUUCAUCAUCGGAGGCGCGUCUUUCAGCGAAAUGCGCUGCGCCUACGAGGUCACGCAGGCUAACGGGAAGUGGGAAGCCGUCAUUGGUUCCACCCACUUGCUCACCCCAACCAAAUUCUUAUCGGACCUGCAGCACCCCGACUUCCGAGAGUCCACUAGGGUGUCCUUUGAGGACGCACAGCCCUCAGACGAGUGAGGCAGAGACAGAUUGGGAGGGAGGGAGACAGAAAUCACAGGACAAAGAUCGACCCACAUCUUCACUCCCACCUGCCUGCUGGAGCAGCUCAAGGCCAUGAACAAACCAGACGAGGAAGUCACGAGCUAAGAAUCCUCCUCUUCAUCUUUCCCAGCCAAAUCCAUCAGUUAUGUAUGCAUAAUGCCUGGAAAAGAGAAAAACAAAGACGGAAAAAAUAUAUAUCAAAGAAUAAAACUGUUGCAAGUAUUCUUGUUUUACAAUGGAUGCAACUAAUUAAAUUUAUUUAAAAAAGAUGAUAUUUGAAGGCCAGAUAAAAUGCAAUGUACCAAAAUGUCCUAUUGUAUGCUAACAUUAUGCCAGGAUGUGUAAACAGUUUUUUCCUCCAGCGUUCCUCCUCCCUGUGGGUUUUACUGUUGGCAGAUCGAAGGGGAAUGUGCAAUUUGAGACGACAUUUUGUAAAAUAUAUCAUGCAAUAUAAAUGUAUUCACAUAUUUCAGCAGAGAGGAGCGCCAUCCGCCCAUCUGACAUGUUUGUAUUCAGUAGCAUGCUUGGACUCGUGUGGACUGUUCCGUGUUUUUGUGUCGAGUGUUUUGAGUGCAGAGGAGUUAGCGAUUAGCUUACUAUCUUGGGGUUGAAUACGAUGCCAAAAACUUCUGAGUGUCAAACUAUUAAAAACGAUGCUGGGUAACUAAAAAUACAGCUGCCUCCUGCUCUCAACUCAUCUCCAGAUUUAAUUAAAUAUUUUUUCUUUCAAGGUUUUAUGCUAAUUAGCUAUUAGCUACCUAAGCUAAUGGCUAAAACCAACCAAACCGUGUUACAUUUGUUUACAAAAUUUAACACGUGCACAAAAGUAAACUAUAGCAAGUGCAAAAAUAAGUCCUAAAUACCGUACGUUGGUAAUCACUUUGUUUACAACAGUAGCUUCUUAGCAUGUAGCUGCCAACCAAAAUGCUUAUUAGCCGUUAGCAAAGAAAUCUGAUCAGCCAAAUCUAAAUUUUUUACCCAAUUUUGUUUUGAAAGUGUCUUUAAAGUCGUGUGUCAGUUCUACAUUAAUCCACAAAAAACGUUUUACAACAAUUAACUUUCUGCCAAAAUUUAAUUGGCCUGAGCUAAUGGCUCAUUAGCUUGAGCUAAUGAGCUAAACCUUUUCCUUCUUUUAACCAUUUAAAAAUAAAUUUUACGUCACCACAUUUAAAUAUUUACAACUUAAACUUACGAGUUUAGCUUGUCUGCUAGCUAGAGGCUAAGCUAGCCAGUUAAGUUAACAAUUUUUCUCCUUCUGUUACUGUAUAUCCUUGUAAUUUGUUUCCUAUUUUGAAAAUCUGAAUGCAUUUCAUUUGAUAAAAAAGAAACAUUUUCAACCAACAAACAUCUUAGCAGUUUUUCUCCAGUUGAAUUUGCUAACUAGCUAUUUGCUAACCAAGCUAAUAAGCUAAUCUACCAAACCUGGCUGUUUUCUGUAGUAAAAACGUUACUGAAAAUGUUAAGCACAUGACGGGCACCAACAGGGAGAACAAUGUUAGAGAUUUUUACAUUCUUCUUGUUUGUGUCGGCUUGUUUGACUCUCAAAAAAACUAAGUUCUUGGUUUCAGUAUUCACCCAAUAAGCUCAGCUAGGAAGAGAAACAAAAAAAUAUCAAAUGAAACCUUCGCCCCUCCUUACUGUAAUUUCCUGCACCAACCUUUUUUCCACUCAAACAGAAGUUAUUGUUAAAAAAGGCUGUUGCUUGCUGAUAUUAAUGAUUAAUCCUAAAAGAGGCCCAGCUGUGUUUCAGUAUUGUAUCCUGUCAGAUUAUUAGUACUAAUCGGGCCUUGCACUGAGUAAGUAGUGUCGUGUAUCUGCCAUACGUUGCUGUUUAAGCGUCUUACUGUUGAAUUGUGGUUUAUUUUAAAGCAGUGCAGUAGUGAAAACAUUUCUGUGAAGCCGCUGUGUUUGUGACGUUUUAGCUGUAGAUGUUAAACUAGGUAAAAUAUUUACUACUAUACUUUGUUUUUCCCUGUGGUGCAACGUAACCCCGUCCCUGAAGUUGAAUGGCUUUGCAAUGAUAAAACUAAACCUGCGUGAUAUCGCCUCCCUUCUGUAGGCCAAACAAGUCGUAUUUUGCACUAUGAUGAGUUUUCUGUGAUGCAAAUGCUUGAGGUUUUUUUUAUAUAUAUAUAUAAUUAUAAUUUAGGCUUUAUUUGCCCAAUCACUGUAUUUAUUUAAAAGUUAUUCAUCAGAGAAAAAUAACAGUCUGUCCUCUUUCACUUAUUGGGACUGUAUGUUUGCGAGUGUGUAAGCACAAACAGUACAACCAUGUGUACCGACAUGUACUAAGGCUGUCUAAUAAAUUGGCUUCCAUGACA